CGGCAAUCGAGAAGCGAUGACACAGCCUCGCGCGACGGCUUCUAUGCCUGUGAGGGGACAAGAACGAUGGACAACGAUAUCAUGGGACCUCGUUACAUACGUACAUUACCAACGUCAUCAGGGAAAGUUUCUUUUGAAGAACUACCAAGAUGAACACCGCAUCACUAUUGGAGUGGGCGCACUCCAGAUAGCGGAGAGCGGGAUGCUGGGUGCUGCAAUGCGGGCUACGUCAUCCUACAGAAGUGUGA